AUGUGGCUGGACCGCUUGACUGCUGGUGCUGCUACACCCGGCGCCUCGCGAGAGUCUCUCACUCCGUCCAGACCAUACUCUCCUGCUCCGCGUAAGAACUCCCAGCUUGCGCCGUCGCAACGUACGUUGUCUGGUCUCGGUCUGUCUGCCAACAGAUCGUCCACAUCUCUAGACCUCAGUGCGAACACCUCUACUACCUCCCUUACAUCUCCGCCCAGGCAAACCAACGGGUCAGCUCUCCGGUUUGAACAAAGACCUCCUCCAGAUGUGCCGGACCCAGUCAACGUGCUAAGAGAGUCACUUGGAAAGGCUGGCGAUGAAGAAGGACAAGAUGCAACACCCAAGGUUCAAGGCGGGCGGCUGGUCGAGGACAUUGACUUUGAGGGCUUGAGUCUCGAAGAAUUUGCCAACCGGGAUAUACCAUACAGCCCACCGACGACUGGCUAUACACUGGAGCCCUCGGCUAGAGAGAAUAGACAGAAAUACCAAGAUUUUCACAAUUCAGUGUUGGAAUGCGACCAAGUCUUGAAAAACGUUGAAUCGUACUUGACCAAUUUCAAAGCUGAACUCGGCCAGGUGUCGGCAGAGAUUGAAGAACUACAGGCCCGCUCUGUUCAACUGAAUGCGAAACUCGACAAACGCCGCAAUGUCGAAAAGCUGUUGGGUCCUGCGGUCGAGGAGGUCACCCUCUCUCCGCUCACCGUGCGGUCCAUUGCCGAUGGACCCAUCGAUGAGACGUUCGUCAAAGCCGUCAACGACCUCGAGGCGAGGUCACUCAUCAUGGAAGCCAAAGAAAAGCAUUCAGAACAGCUCAAGGCUUUGCAAGACCUGAAACCUCUCCUUGAGGACCUCAAAGUCAAAGCCCUUGAACGGAUCCGAGAUUACAUAGUGGCUCAGAUCAAAGCACUCCGGUCGCCUAACAUCAAUGCCCAAGUUAUCCAACAGCAGACGCUACUCAGAUAUAAGGACCUCUUUGCGUUUCUGGCUCGGAAUCAUCCCACUCUGGGUGAGGAGAUUGGCCAAGCAUAUGUCAACACAAUGCGAUGGUACUACAGCAGCCACUUCACCCGCUACCAACAAGCCCUCUCAUCCCUCCAGAUCCACGCCUUUGAUCUCCACGACCUGCUUGGCUCGGAUCCCGCCCCAGCACGCCGAAACGUCCUCGGCGCAUCAAAACCGGCGCCUCCCCAACACGAUGCCUUCAAUCUCGGCCGUCGAGAGCAGAUCAUAAAAUCCAAGACCGACAUCACUGCCAUCCCGGCCUAUCUCGCUGAAGACAACAAAUCCGCACAUUAUCUCGAGAUUCCUUUUCGGAACUUCAAUCGAGCUCUCAUCGACAAUGUAUCUGCCGAGUACUCGGUCGUUACGGAACUGUUCGCAACGAACACGUACCAUCGGAUAUCCCGGCGCGUGACGGAGAUUUUUGAGCCGACUUUCACAAUCGGCCACAAUUUGACGAGGUCCUUAGUCGAGAACACCAAUGACUGCCUGGGUUUCCUUCUCUGCGUGCGUCUGAACCAGCACUUCGCAUUUGAAGCGCAGAGACGCAAGGUUCCCGUAGCGGAUUCCUACAUCAACUAUACCAAUAUCCUCCUGUGGCCGAGAUUCCAGAUGGUCAUGGACGCUCAUUGCGAGUCGUUGAGGAAAGUCCCCAUUCCAAGCAGUGGGAACCGUGGCGCUGCUGCAGCAUUCUCCUUGGUUGGCGGAGGAUCAACCGAUACUUCAAGAGCCUCAGUCGCACCGCACGCGAUCACACAACGCUUCGGGCAACUCGUGCAGGGCAUUUUGCUGCUCAGUGCCGAGGCAGGCGAUGACGAGCCCGUCUCUCAUAGUCUGGCCCGGCUGAGGACAGAGUACGAGACACUGAUGGGCAAAUUAGCCAAAGCGGCAGGUGAUGCGAGCAAAAGAGCGAAGUUCCUGUAUAACAACUAUAGUCUAGUCUUGACGAUCAUUAGCGAUACAAAGGGCAAAUUGGCGGCGGACCAGAAGGAGCAUUUCGGCACGUUGGUCAAGGAGUUUAAAGGACGAUAG